AUGGACGACAACGGGAGGAACCGGUUUGGCGCGAAGGCGGGGAAGCGGCCAGUGUCGGAAUCCACGCGGAUUACUGUCUCUGCCCGGCUAGAAGAGUUCCGUGACGGAACUGAACCAGAGAUGACGUUUGAGGCCGAUCUGAGCAACCAUGACAGGGCCGUGGUGCAUCAGCUGUGCCGGAAGAUGGGCUUUGUCUCUAAGAGCCAUGGGAAAGGAUCUAACCGUAGAUUGACAGUCUACCGAACCUCCCGAACCAAGACUCCAGGAGGGCCAGGUUCGGGCUCCACCGGGCCUACAGCGGACUCCCUCCCGAGCCUGACCCUCUCGCCAGAGUCCGAAGCUGCUGUGCUGGCGCUGCUGCUGGCCCACCCCCCCACGGAGCUGGAGAUGACGUCAGCAAUGCAGGCAGGGGGGUAUCUGGCGGACGCUGCUGCAGGAAGGGGAGUGGCGCAGGGGAAGGGGGGAGCUAGCGCAGGGAAAGGGGGAGCUGGUGCGGGGAAAGGGGGAGCUGGUGCGGGGAAAGGGGGAGCUGGCGCGGGGAAAGGGGGGGCUGGUAAUGGGGACGAUGAGGAGGGAGUGACAGGGGCUAUGGCGCGACUUGGGAUGGGGGAGGGGGGAGGGGGAGCGAAUGGGGGAAAAGAUCAGCGGAAGGCGCAGGGGAAGGACAUGGAGAUGGGGAAGGGGAAGGGGAAGGGGAAAGGGAAGGAUGAGGAGGGGGAAAGCGGGGACCCUUGGGUGCAGGCGCAGGUGAAGGCACUGGCAGAUAGACUGGCGCACAUGGCAUCACUCAAAGCGGCGCAGGUGAAGGUUCUGGCAGAUAGACUGGCGCACAUGGCAUCACUGAAAGCGGAGGAGAUCACACGGGCGAUAGAGCGGCACCAGGUGGUGCUGGUAGUGGGCGAGAUGGGGUGUGGCAAGACCACGCAGGUGCCUCAGUUCUCUCAUUCCCAUUCUCCUCCCCAUUUCCCACCCCCCCUUCUCCCGCCACCCACACACCCGCUUUCUCUCUCGCCUCCAUCCCUGGCAGAUCACACAGAAACGGCAGUCAUUACCCAUCAUGGUGUAUCGGGAGGAGAUUACAAGGACGAUAGAGCAGCACCAGGUGGUGUUGAUUGUGGGGGAGACGGGGUGUGGCAAGACCACGCAGGUGCCUCAGUUUAUCCUGGAUCACGAGUGGGCGAAGGGCCGGCGCUGCCGUGUGCUCUGCACCCAACCCAGACGAAUUUCCGCCACUUCUGUGGCGGAGAGGAUAGCAGCAGAGAGAGGGGAAAGCAUCGGGCAAACAGUGGGGUACCAGAUUCGGCUAGAGACGAGGUGCAUGAGCGUGACCGCUUUGCAGACUUCAUGCUCAUCAUUCUCAGAGAUCUGCUGCGCCUGCGACCCACUCUCAAGCUGGUGCUUAUGAGUGCAACCCUGGAUGCUGGGCUGUUUGCAAAUUAUUUUGGGGGCUGCCCGGUCAUCAACGUCCCUGGCUUCACAUAUCCGGUGCGAUCACUGUACCUGGAGGAUAUCCUUCGCAUCACAAACUAUGGCAACAAUUUUGCUGGCGGGGCUUUCUAUAAAGGAGCACUUCAUAAGAGGAACCAGGCCUCGAGCAAGGUGCUUCAUCAUCAGACUAUGGAUGUGGAGGGGAAAGCUGCAGCACAAGCCAACGUGCAUAUGGGUGGAGCGGGUGAGAGAGAGGGAGUGGAGCAAGGAGAGGAGGAGGUGGAGGAAGGGGAGGUGGGGGAAGAUGAGGAGGAAGAAGGGGAGGAAGCAGGGGGAGAGGAGGGAGAGGGAGCAGGCGGGGAGGGGGGAGUGGGAGCAGCAGAGGUGGAGACGGAUGAGGAGGAGGGGGAGGAGGAGGAGGUGGAGGAAGGGGAGGUGGUAGGACUUACAGCAAAGGACGCAGCAGCAAUGGAUGAGGCAAUAAGGCUCGCAUGGAUGGCGGAUGAGUUUGAUGACUUAAUGGAGCUGGUAGUAGCGGGGCAUGAGGAGGCAAAGCUUCAGGGCAUGAUGAGUAGAAUGAUGAUGGCAGCUGCACGGAGCAGCGGCAGUGGUGGUGGUGGUGGUGGUGGUGGUGGUGGUGGUGGUGGUGGUGGUGACGGUGAUGGUGAUGGUGGCGAUGGUAGUGGAGAGGGGGGAGGUGGAGGGGGGAAAGGUAGCGGUGGCGGGGGAAGGAUGUUGAGACGGCUCUUGAGGCGGAGGAGAAAGGAGAGUCAGCUGCAGCAAGUAGGGGGGAAGCAAGGAGAGGGGAAGCGAGAGAAGAGAGGGAAAGGGAGAAAGGCUGCGGGUGUUGGGCGAGGCGUGACUAUAAACAUAUGUGACUAUGCACAUUCAGAGACGGGAGCCACGCCCUUGAUGGUUGCUGCUGGCAAAGGACGAGCAGAGGAGGUGGAGAUGCUGCUGUCGCUGGGGGCCGAUGUGACUCUCACAUCAGACGAUGGCAGCACGGCACUUGACUGGGCGCGCAUGUACGGCCAUGAGGCUGUGUGCUGCCUUCUUGAGAGGCACUUGAGGAAACUGGGAUUGGGAGGGCUGGAGGAGGGAGAGGAGGUUGAUGAGGGGGAGGAAGAGGGAGAGGAAGGGGAGGAAGAGGGAGAGGAAGGGGAGGAGGAGGGAAUACAAGAGGAGGAGACGGAGGGAAUGCAGGGAAGGAUGCAGGAAGCUGCGGUAUUGGUACCAGCGACAGCUGAUGCUGCUGCUGCUGCUGCUGCUGCUGCCACUGCUGCUGCUGGUGUUGCUGCUGCUGCUCAUGCUUCUGCUGUGUCUGCGCCUGUGAGUGCAGAAGAAGCGAGAUUGGCAGCACAGGAACAAGCAGCGCUCGCCUCGUACCAAUCCAGUGUGGAUCAUGAUGAGGUGGAUCUGGCCCUCAUCCACCUCCUGCUGACUAGGAUCUGCGUCAGCGCUGGCGAACGGCCGGCAGCACUCAAGAGCAGCACAGAGAUUUCCCGACUCAGAGACAGGCUGCUAGGGUCAUCUGUAUUUGGUGACUCGUCGCGGUUCCUGAUACUGCCGCUGCAUUCUAAAAUCCCCAUGACGGAUCAGAGGAGGGUGUUUGAGCGGCCGGGGAAAGGAGUGAGGAAGAUUGUGCUGACGACGAAUAUCGCCGAGACGGCGCUGACGAUUGAUGACAUUGUGUUUGUGGUUGACUCGGGAAGGUUGAAAGAGAAGAGCUACGACCCGUACAUGAAUGUCGCUACGCUGCAGGUCUGCUGGGUUUCCAAGGCGAGUGCGCGGCAGCGCCAGGGAAGGGCAGGGAGGUGCAGGCCGGGGGUGUGCUUCCACCUCUUCUCGCGCACGCGGGCUGAGUCGUUGCCGGAAUUCCAGGCUCCGGAAAUCAAGCGCACGCCCCUGGAAGAGCUCUGCCUGCAGAUCAAGAUCCUAGACCCUUCUCUCGACAUCCCCUUGUUCCUCUCCAAGGCCCUCGAGCCACCCGUCCCCGCCGCCAUCACCAACGCCGUCGCGCUCCUGCAAGACAUAGGCGCCCUCGAUCCCCACCAGUCCCUAACACCCCUCGGCGUCCACCUCGGCGCCCUCCCCCUCCACCCAGUCACCUCCAAAAUGCUCCUUCACUCCAUCCUCCUCGACUGCCUCGGCCCAGCGCUCACCGUCGCGGCUGCCAGCACCUAUCGGGACCCGUUUCAAAUGCCUUUAGGGCUGGAGCAGAAGCACAGGGCGCUGGCUGUCAGGCACGAGCUGGGGAACUCACUGGGGGGGUAUGGGGAUCACCUGGCGCUCAUUGCGGCGUUUGACGGGUGGGCUCAGGCGAAAGCAGCGGGGGGGUCGCGGGCCGGGGAUGCGUUUUGCCGGCGGAAUUUCCUGUCGCCGGGCGGGAUGGUGAUGAUUUCUGGGUUGCGGAAGCAGCUGCGAGGGGAGCUGCUGCGGAAAGGGUUUUUAGGGAGUGCGCGCGAGGGGAGAGGAGGGAGGUGGGGAGGAGGGAGAGGGAGGGGAGGAGGAGGCAGAGGAGGUGGAGGAGGAGGAGGAGGAGGAGGAGGAGGAGGAGGAGGAGGAGGAGGAGGAGGAGGAGGAGGAGGAGGAGGAGGAGGAGGAGGAGGAGGAGGAGGAGGAGGAGGAGGAGGAGGAGGGUGGGAUUUGAAUGUGGAUUUGGACUGUGAGUGUAACGCGAAUGGGAAGAAUCAGGGAGUGGUGAGGGCAGUGCUAGCUGCUGGUUUGUACCCGUUUGUAGCUAGUCUCUUACCGAAACUACCCUCCGGGCGGCAGCAGGCGGUGGUAGUGACGGCCCGAGGCGAGAAGGUUCGGAUCCACCCGCACUCGGUCAACUUCCGAGCCUUGCACCGAGGCUUGGAGGCAGGUUCGGGAACGCUCGGCGGCGCCGGAGGGAGCGGUAGCUCCGGAAGCGCCGAGGUGUCAUCACAGCCGUUGAUUGUGUUUGAUGAGAUCGUGCGGGGCGAGGGGAACCAGACGAUUAGAUCGUCGACUGUGGUUCGUCCACUGUCUCUCAUCCUGAUUGCAUCCGAGAUGGUUGUUGCUCCUUUGGCGCCUUUGAAGGCUGGCAGAGAGGAGGAGGACGGGAGUGGGGUGAAGGGAGAAGGGAAGGGAGACGCGAAGGGAGAAGGGGAAGAAGUAGGUGAAGGAGAAGGGAAUGCAGGGGAGAGUGAUCUGGGGGUGGAGGUUCGGAAAAGGAAGAGACGGCAGAGGGGGCGACGGGGAGAGGAGGGGGUGAUGACAGGGUCAGGUCAGAGAGAAGGGGAAGCAGUGGGGGAAGGAAGCGAACCGGGUAAGAUGGAAAUAGGGAAGGUUGAAAAGGUGGAGGGGGAUGAGGGCGACGAGCAGGAGGGAGAGGAAGAGGAGGAGGUGGAGGAAGGGGAGUAUGUUUCAGGUGCGGAGGAUGAGGAAGGGGAGGAGGAGGAGGGGCCUGUGGUGAGGCCGAAUCCCAAGAGUGCAAAGGAGAGGAGGCGGAAACUGCAGGAGGAACUCAUGAGCGAUCCUGACCGUGAGAUCGUGAUCGUGAUCGAUCGAUGGCUGAGAUUCCGCACCACGGCCAUGCUGGCGGCUCAGCUGUUCUGCCUGAGGGAGAGGCUGGCUGCUUGCUUUGCCACCAAGGUCCAUGAUCCCAGGAAACCUCUCCCCCCUCUCCAAGCACUGACGCUCUACACCAUCGCCUCCCUCCUCUCAUUCGAAAACUACUUCCUUCCUCCUCCAACCAGCCAAUCAGCAACCGCUGGUGAAAAAUCAGCUCCGGCCGGACCUCACAAGGGCGCCCUCUUGCCCGGGCCUCAGGGCCCUGGCUCUGGUGCAGCCUUUGGUGGCAGGUUCGGAAGAGGUGGUGGUUGGGGAGGAGGGAGGGGUGGGGGGAGGGGUGGUGAGGGGUUUGGUUCAAGGGGAAGAGGUAGGAGAGGUGCAGGGUUUGGUCGGCGUGGUGGUGGAAUGGGAGGGGGGAGAAACUCUGGGUUUUAA